AUGAAAUCAACGGAGAAGAAGUCAACCGAGCUGGAUUUAGAGCUGGAAGCUCAGUCCCUAAGGCGAAUUGCGUUCUUCGGAGUUGCCAUGUCCACAGUGGCCACAUUUGUGUGCAUAAUUACCGUUCCCCUAGCGUAUAACAAAAUGCAGCAAAUGCAAUCAAAUAUGAUUGAUCAGGUUGAUUUCUGCAAGACGCGAUCCAAUCUAUUCUGGCGAGAGGUUACCAAGACGCAGUACAUGGCUAGUGCUCGUGGAAUUCGUGUAGCUCGGCGAGCUGAGAAACGGUAUAGCACCGACUAUGACAACCAACGGACCGCCUAUGAUAGAUUCUACCAUGCCCAGCAACAAUAUGACAGGGAUAGCUCUAGAGAAAAUGCCAGGGAUAGCUCCAGGGACAGAGACUACGAUAAGUCUGCUAGCUAUGGGUUAUGGAAUACAGAAUCUCCUCUACACUACGGUAGCUCUGCUUCAUCUGCCUCUGCUCCGGUUUACGGUCACAACUAUGGCAGCAAUAAUGGAGGAGGUGGUUGCUGUGGUUGUGGACAAUCACCACCAGGUCCCCCAGGACCACCAGGAAGUGAUGGGCAACCUGGAUUAGAUGGAGAACCCGGUUCACCUGGAAGAGACGGACCAGACGCACCACGACCCACACCUGCACCCGAAUUUGAUUCGUGUUUCGAAUGUCCCCCAGGAGAACCAGGACGUCAAGGUAUCCCAGGUAGAAAGGGACCACCAGGAAGACCAGGAGGUAGUGGGCUACCAGGAGACAAGGGAACACCAGGAACACCAGGAUCCGUAGGACCAAUUGGCUCAGCUGGUCAGCCAGGAAAUCCAGGAUUGCCAGGAGGAAAAGGUGCGCCAGGAAAGCUUAUCAACGUGGGAGGACUUGAAGGACCACCAGGAUUGCCAGGACUUCCAGGACUUCCUGGACUACAAGGAAAACCCGGAAACGAUGGCUACCCUGGAAGAGAUGGCGCGCAAGGUGACCAAGGAGAAGACGGAAUACCUGGAGCACCUGGAAAGCCUGGUCCGAAAGGAUAUCCGGGUCCCGAUGGAAACGCCGGUUACCCAGGCGGAUGCGAUCAUUGCCCACCCCCGCGGACAGCUCCCGGAUACUAA